UGUGUGUGCGUUUCAAUCGAAAUAGUCUCUGUCUCAGAUUCCUCUGAGGAUUAUUUCAGAUUUUUCUAAUCCAGAGACAGUUCUCAAUUUCUGGUCUGCGGUCCCCAACGGUCCCAGAAAGAAGUCAAGGGGUCAAAAUGCAAAUUUUAAAAAAGGAAACAAAACAAAAUGUUUAAUUUUAACAUUUUUAUACUGUAACUCUGAUUCAAGUCACAUCUGAGCUCUUGUAUUUAUUUGAAAGUGGCAUGAAGUGGGUUUUUGUUCUGUCGUGUUAAUGUUAUGGGUAAUUAUUCUUUUAAUCAUCACAGACAUUCACACCGUGGCAGAGCUCACCCCGAUGUCUUCAGUUUGCCUUGUGUGUCUGAAAAACUGUCAGAAAACUUUAAAAUAUUCCAUUUACUGUCACACACGACGAAGAAAAGCAGCAAAUCCUCACAUCUGAACAGCUGGAGUUUGAGAGUGUUUUGGCACUUUUGCUCGAAAAAUAGUUGGAGAUUAAUUUUCUUUUAAUCCACCAAUCAAUUGAUCGACUAUUGUCGUGGCUCUAAAAUAAAUAACAUAUAAUAAAAUACAAUAAAUGAAUAAUAAAAGCUGGGACGGUGGUGUUUCUGAACCAUCGGAUGGAGACAAAGAGCAGUGCCUCAGCCAACCACAAUCACUCAACCAUGAUGGUUGUCACUUGAUCGUCCCAUCUCGGCCACCCCCUGUCCAAAGUAGGAUGUUGUGGCUCCUUAUUUGACAAAGGAAGUGUUAAACCCAAACCCCAAGGUUUCAAAACGUUCCUUUGGAAAUCUGCAGACUCUAAAGCUGGGCAUGUUGACCUGAUCCAAAAUGGGUGACCUGACCAACAGCAGUUUGGCGCUAACAGACUACUUCUUGGCCAGUGACAGCCCAGACUACGAGAUUCCUCUGGAUGAGAUCCCGGACACCACACAGGGCCGAGCCUUCUUCGUGGCCACCAUCGUCAUCGCCGUGGUCCUGGUGGGCAUCAUGCUGGUCUGUGGAGUGGGUAACUGCCUGUUCAUCGCAAGCCUUGCCCGUUACAAGCAGCUCAGAAACCUGACCAACCUGCUGAUCGCCAACCUGGCCGUGUCGGACGUGCUGGUGGCGGCGGUGUGCUGUCCCUUCCUUCUGGAUUACUACGUGGUGAAGCAGCUGUCAUGGGAUCAUGGCCUGCUGCUCUGCGCCUCUACCAACUACCUGCGAACUGUCUCGCUCUAUGUGUCUACCAAUGCGCUGCUGGCCAUCGCCGUGGACAGGUACAUGGCUAUCCUCUACCCUCUGAAGCCUCGUAUGAAGCACCAGACGGCGUACUGUGUGAUCCUGACCGUUUGGAUCGUCCCCAUUUUCAUCUCCAUCCCCUCUGCCUACAUGGCCUCUGAGACGACGUACCCACAUGUGGAAGGUGGCACCGACAAGACCUUCUGUGCUCAGAUCUGGCCGGUGGACCAGCAGGUCUACUACCGCUCAUACUUCCUCCUCAUCUUUGCUCUGGAGUUCAUGGGCCCUGUGACUGUCAUGGCUGUCUGCUACAUCCAGAUCUCCAGGGAGCUGUGGUUUAAGGAUGUUCCGGGUUUCCAGACGCAGCAGAUCCGGAAGAGGCUCCGGAGACGUCGGAGGACGGUGGUGGUGCUGAUUCUGGUGCUGGUCGCCUAUGUCCUAUGUUGGGCGCCGUACUACGGCUUCACCCUGCUGCGGGACUUUUACCCCACCCUCAUCUCCAGGGACAGGAACUCCCUGGUGGCCUUCUACAUCAUCGAGUGCGUCGCCAUGAGCAACGGGGUCAUCAACACCCUCUGCUUCGUGAGUGUCCGAAACAACUCCAAGCGCCUGAAGAAGGCGGGCAAGUUCCCGCUGAAGCUGGUAUCCUUCGUGGUCACUAAGUCGGCGGAUGAAGGUGAGGCACGGACAUCCUCCCUCCGAGUGACGGAGGACGUAGAGGGAACUCGGCUGAGGAGAGCUGCAUUAAAGACUUCCAGGAGAACCCGAGAAUCCCGUGGGUUGGAUGCCUCAAGAACAUUUGGAAAGGUUUGAGUGUAUGUCUGAGAGACUAUGAGGACAGCAGCCGGAUGGACGGAGGUGUCUCCCUGACAGUGAAUCGUCGACCACACGAAGCACAUCACAGCAUUGAAGCCUGAGCGGAGACACCGUGAGACUGUCUCUGGGCUACGUGUGGACAACCGGGAGCCUUUUUGUGUGUGAGAGAAAAAUUCUGAGGAGACUUGUCAUAAGUUGUGAAAGGUUUGACUGUUUUAUGGAAGAAAACUUCUGAAAGGACCCCAUCAAUCUUUCUCAAGUCUGAUGUUAUAUUUUGAUACUGUAGUUUUUCUUCUUGUCAGCAGAGCCAAACCAACACUGAGCGUCUCCUACCAACCAGAACUGUGUGUGUGUGUGUGUGUGUGUGUGUGUAUCUACAGCCUGAUAGAUCUGAUGCCUCUGAGCCACAGAAAACUAUUACAACACAUCGGUGAUUCACACUGUUGCUCUGGGGGACACGUUCCUUCAUCACCAUGAACACACACACUGUAGUUUAUUAUGACUCAGUCACACACACACACACACACACCAUCCUGCUGCCACAAAUACUCGCUACAGCACCAGACGUGGAUUAAUCCGCUGCUGAAAGUAGUCCCAACAAAUGCUUUAUACAUUUCUUCCUGUUUGUCCGAUAAAAAACUACAGUGAGCAGCUGUUUUAGGAAAAUGACUGAGACUUUUUAAGAAUAAAACUUUAUAUUUGUGAGGUGAUUUUAAAGAUCUACGUCUCCAGUAGGAACCAAUGAGCUCCGAGCUGAGAGCCACAGACAGAGGAGGGAAGGUGCUGAGAGAUUGUUGGUUUGGAUCUGCACAAGAUUUGUUGACAAUGAGAAAAAUAUAGAAUUAACAGAAGCCUUCUCCUUUAUGUACAGAACAUGUUUACAUAACUUCCCCUCUGACCAUUUUUCAAAGCUCACUAUACAGUUUAAGAUUAUGGGAUGUUUAAACUUUAUGAACAGAACUCAGAUCCUUUACUUGAGUAGAAGUACUAAUACCACAUUGUAAAAUACUCCAUUACAAAUAAAAGUCCGUCACCGACGUCCGGUGCCGCCUUCACUGAGAGGAGACCACAGACAGACGGAAGGACGCUCUGCCAGGGGGACGCUCCUCCCGCCCCGAGGUUCAUGUGGGCUACUCUCACCGCUGUGUGAGGGUCACAUCAGUGACCAGGUUACUUUUGUUCCGUGCACACCUUACAGUUUGAUCCAGGCCGGGACGCUGCCGAACCUCCAGUUCCGGCUCGGUGCCAAAAGGUCCGACCGUCGUGUUCUCAAUCUUUCACAGCAGUUCCUCCCUUUGUUAAAAUGUGGAAUGAGGAGAGUAAUGAUGAAAGUCAGCGGAGAGGGUGCGUUUUCUCCAGCAGGAAAAGGAUGAGGGGAAACAGUGCGAUGUUUGGGUGGAGGGUUUACCCUCCCCGCCGGAGUAGCAGUGUUAGAAACAUUCGGCGUGUGCUCGUGUAAAGCAGAUGAAGAGCGCUUUGAACGCAGUAUUUGCAGCUCACGCUCAGACGCCGGCUCUGGCAGCUGUUCCCUGUUGAAAUUCAUGAGGCCGCCCGUCUGUUGAUGAUCACAAAUGGAUGCAAAGCAUCAGCUGCCUGACUCACGACGCAGUUUGACUUCAGAGCAGCUCCGUGCGACGCUGCCGUCGCUGUUUAAACUCCUUUAUCCCUGCUGGUGCACCCUCUCAAAAAUCUAGUUUAUUCACGACUGCAGCAACAAAAAGUACAACUUUCAAACUGUAUCUGUAGGUAGGGAGGGAGCUGACGGGUUCCUCAGUCAUGACAAUCUUGAAAAAGGUUCAGUUUGGUUCCACGUAGACGGAAAUCUAAACACAGAUUCACUCUCCUUCAGGGAGGGUUAGCAGAGCCGACACGUUGGGGUGGGUCGUACCGUUCUGUCCCGUUAUCCUUUAGCUCGAAACCCAACUACUUCAGUAGAGUUUUGAGGUACACCCACCUUCCUGGCUUUUGCUUUUGUCAGAUUUUCAGGUGUCUAUUAGUCGUUAGAGACGUUUCUCCUCUGAUCCUCUCGGUUUCAUUUAAAUAACUGUUUGAGGCCAAAGAGGAAAAUGAUCCGAUAAAGACCAGAGAAAAGUCCAGGAACUGAAUCCAGAUCAGUGAAUCAGAACUAAGUCUGAAGUACUUUUACUGUGAUACUCUAACUUCAUGAAGCUGACAGUACUUCUGUACUUUUACUUUAGUAGGAUUUUGAAUGCUUUUACUUGUAACUGAGUAUUUUUACUCUGUGCUAUUGCUACUUUUACUUAAAUAAAAGGUCUGAGUUCUUCUUCCGCCACUG